UCCAGACUAAUUAGACAUGCGCGUGACAUUCGAACAAAUCGAAAAGCUCGAGAAUUACAGGAGCCCGAUUCCAACGUGCAGAAAUGUACUUUCACCCUUGCCCUGCUGGACUUUCCACCAUAUGUGAUGAACAAAACAAAAAUCUCGGAGAGAGGAUUUAUGCACGACCGAAUAGUUUGGUUUAUAAAUACUGCAUGCUUCGGCACGGGACCUGGGGAACAAUCACCGUGCAAUUUGCAGGCCACUUUUGUUAAGAACACCGACGAGCUAGUUGAUUUAGUUAAAAGCAACAAGGUGGAUUUUGCUUUUCCCAUUUUUUCUGAGGCUAUGGAAGCUCUUGAAAGCAUUGAAAACGUAACGGUUAUCCGGGCAUUUGCGUCACAGGGAUGCUCAUUGAUUGUGAAUACAAAACAGUGUGUGGCAGAAUCACAGAAUCAGUUAUUUACUUCUAUUAGCUCACAGUGGCCGAUAAUUGUUUGCAUCAUACUUCUCUGUGGCAUUGCGGGAAUAUUUAUUUGGUUGCUGGUAAGUUAAAUAUUUCAUAGUGAUCUGCGGACUAUCGCUCUUGCAGUCUUUUCAAGAAGUUCAUUCUGACCGAAAAAUAUAGUAAUUCACUUAUUGAUAAGUACGUUUCAGAGGCGAUGUUCUAUCAAGUGGGCGGGAUCAAAUCCCUACGCAAGGUGUUUUGAAGGCUUUAACGGCUUUUUUCAAUAGUAUGAAAGUAGCUGAUAAUUUCCCUGAAAAUGUCGCAUUCUCCUUGUCAUAUUUCUUCGGAAUUUGUUGAGUUUGCCUCUCUCCCCCACCCGAAAAAAAGCAAUCGUCUCCUCCUGGCAAUGUAAUUCAUGUGUCUGCAAUUUUCUCUGGCCAAAAAUAAACUUUCGAUUCAAGAUGUUUGAGUUCUUUACUCGUUUUUCGUCACUCCAGUUGCUUCAAUCACAUGCAAAUGAUUUAAACAUAAUUCUGUGGUCGUUUCGGCACCUGAUAAAAUAUGACUGGACUGGACUGGACUGGACUGGAUUGGCAAAACAUUGACUGGAAUAAUAAACGUCAAUUCCCCUCGCCAUCAACACAAUAACCACACAGUCUGUUUUUGGCCACGAGAGAAGUUUAUUUCCAAUAAAAUGAAGACAGAACUGGAAUCAUAAAACGUCCAUUAAUAAAACUUGGAUAAGUAUGAAUUAUUAAAACAUGGAUUAAUAAAACAUGAUGAUUUGAUAAAACAUGGAUUGUUAAACGAUAGAACCUGAUAUUGUGCUGGUAUGGUGUUUGAUAUAAUUAGAAAAGACACUGUACAGCACGUCCUCGUCUAUUGAGAGUAACAUUUCGGCAGUUUCCAAUUUCUGCCACGCGUUCUUUUAAACUGGUAAAAGGAAAGGCUUGUCAUUUUUAAGAUCCAAGCGGGUCACAUGAGUAGUGGUAGAGGGAUGAAGAUAAGUCCCGUUGAUGCCUUCCCCUGCCUGUCGUAUGUUUUCCCUUUACUAAUAUGCAUAACUGCUUUCCUGCAUACUAAUUUACUGCCUUCCGUGUGCCUUCCUCCAUACUAAUAAGUGCCUUCCUCCAUAUCUAAUGAGCGUCCCUCUUAUACAAUAGGAACAAUAGUCCUGCCCGUUAAGUAACUUUAGCUCGGUUUGUCGGACCGUCUAUUUAAAAAAAAAUAGGAGUAAGAGGAGCGAUCACUUAGCAACGUGAGAAACGGCUUAUGUCUUGUUAUUUAGCGCUAAAAAUCGGACAUAUAAACAACUUUAAUAAUUUUAAAAGAUAAAAUACUCAGUGAUUUUAAACAAGUCUGAUAAGUAGACCAAAAAAGGCAAUCUAGUUCUUUUUCACACAACGCAUAAUUUUUUACUUACCCAUCCCCUCCUCAUUUUUUGGUUUUCUUUUGUUUCCCUCCUCCUCCUUCUCAUUUUGUUAUAUAUUUUUCCAUCCACAAAUACAUCGACCCUACAUCAACCCUACAUCGACCCUACAUGAACACUCAACUACUUUUUUCAGCUUCGUGAAUAGUGAAACUAUAUACCACCACCACCACCACAUUUCUAUUGUUUUCUCUCCACCACCACCAAAUUUCUAUUUUUUCUCUCCACCACCACCACCACCACAUUUCUAUAGCUUUAUCUCCACCACCAAAGGAAUAAAAAAAUGAGGAGUCUGAGGGAAAAUAAUAGAAAUGGAGGUGGAGAGAAAGAAUAGCAAUGUGGUGGUGGUGGCGGAGAGAAAACAAUAGAAAUGUGGUGCUGGUGGUGGAAAGAAAAAAAUAGAAAUGUGGUGGUGGUGGUGGUAGUGGAGGGAAAAAGGAAAGAGGUAUAUAGUUUCGCUAUUUACGAAGCUGAAAAUCAUAGUUGAGUGUAGAGUCGAUGUGGGGUCGAUGUAGGGUCGACAUAUUUGUGGAUGGAAAAAUAUAUUUAAAAAUGAGGUGGAGGAGGGAAUUAAAAAUAAUGAGAAGGAGGAGGAGGGAAUAAAAAAAUGAGGAUGAAGGGAGGAGGGAAAAUAAUAAAAUUGAGGAGAAGGAGGGAAACAAGAGAAAACCAAAAAGAUGAGGAGGAGAGAGGUAAGUGAAAAAUUUUGCAUUAUGUAAAAAAGAGUUAGUUAGAUUGCCUUUUUUGGUCUACUGAAUAGAUUUCUUUAAAAUCACUGAAUAUUUUAUCAUUUGCAAUUAUUAAAGGAUCAUAAAGUUGAUUUCUUGUGUCUUUAAAAGAAACUUGUCUGGUUUUAUAGCGAACAUUUAUUAGUCGCGUGUUUCAAUAAAUCCUUCUUUGAGCUUUUUUUAUUGUUUUGUGUUUUUCUAGCUAGUUGUAGCUAUCGCUAAGUGCCACCGAGGAAAGAUUUUUCCUUUAUACGCGCGCUGUUCAAUUUAUAUAUAUAUAAAUAAAUAAUCAAAUAAUAAUAAUCAAAUAUAUAAUCGUUACAAAGAAGGUGUGUCGAAUUUUUUGCGCUUAAGCUGACAGUUUAAGCGAGAAAAAUCCGUAUUUUGAAUAGCAUCUUUUUGCAAAACAAGAACUGAUUACGCGUGCAAGACUUCGUGUACAAGACUUUGCGACUGGUAAGAAUUUCUCUUUUAAUAAGUGCCAUAACAAAGAGUUUUGCGUUUUUUCCCGGGAAAGUUGGUUUAUAAAAGCAAUAGAAAACUUUUUUCCUGUGUUUGCAUAGCCUGAUAUAAACACUCGAGGGGUUCGGAGAAUUCUCGACAGUUCUAGUUAUGCAAACUCGAGACGAAGUCGAGGGUUUGCAUAACUGUCUCGAAUUUUCCCAACCCUUCGAGUGUUUAUAUCAGGCUAUACAAACACGGAAAACGUUUUCUAUUGCUUAAUUAUGAAAAAUGGAUUGAACUUAAUUCGCGGAUUGCAUAGGCGAAAAUUACCUUGAAAAUAGUGCAAGCAAGGGGCGCACAUACACCAACCAACGCAUGCGCACAGCCAUAUCAUAUUGAGGCUCCUUUAAGCGCCAGCUCCACACAAAACAUGUCGGAGCUGUUGGUUUGGAACCACACGGCAGUUCUCCCACGACAUGCGCGGGGAAGGCGGAUCAUGGGUUGGUGUAUGUGUGCCCCUUGCUUUAAGUUUGUAUUUUGAAAAUAGUGAACUAAACUGUUCUUCUGCAUAAAGAAUUUGAAGUUCCGACUUUACAUAGCAAUUUUUUCUAGAUAUUGAAGUUCGUGUUUUUGUCCGAAGUUGCGCACAUGACAUUUUGCGUAAAAUUUAGUGGGCUUAUGAGCCAAUUUAGAAUUGUCGAAAAAUCAUAUUUAAUUCCGCGAAUAUUCAACGUACAGAUUUAUAUUUGGUCUCUUUUUAAAGCUAAAUAAGAUUUAUGGCGCGCCGAUGAAGCCUUCCGGAUUAUUUUCCUUCAAAGACACAAUCAAUUUUACGGCGUUGUUUUUUCUUAGCGGCAGGCAAUAAAAAAUUCCAGCGGCCAAAUGCGACAGCUAUCGCGUAUGAUGCAGAUGAAUAUCCACCUGACGAUUGGUUGAAGACGGGAUGAGCACGGGACUCACAAACACGCGCACGGCUCGGGGAUUCUCUGAUCUGUAUCACGCGUUCGCUCGAAGACAAUAGGGAGCUUAAGUACCAACGUUUUUGAGCGACGCACGUCAACAGGAAGUGAGCUUUUUUCUCUUUUAAUAUGCUUUGACGCCACCAAAUUUGUAUCGCUAAGAGUCUCUACUAUUAUAGAGACGGUCUGCCCAAAUGUUUGUUCAAAAUCACAACUCAAGAGUGCAAAAAGUCUACUUCCGGUUGACAUGCGUCGCUCAAAAACGUCGCUGCUUAAACUCCCUAAUGCAUUCUCUGUUCUGCAUUACGUCAUAAAUGUUGCCUUACAUUCACAUCUGGGCUACUAACUAUAGUUAAGACGGGGAUAACUAUAGUUAGCUAUUUCGGUAAUGUGACCGCUUCUCUGUUCGCUAUAACUAUAGUUAGAAAAUUUACGCCUCGGGGAUCCAAAACAAUACAGACUAACUAUAGUUAUACCCAAGUAGGGGUCGUGGGUUAGUCUUAGGUUUACAAACAAACAACCAAUCAGAAUGUGACACUUGUUUUCGCUCGUGCGAGAUGAGCAUAUAUAAAUAUGCAAAAUAAAAACCUUGCGUGAAGCGGUCAACACCUAUUUCCAUCCGCCAAACUGACGUUGACAGAUUAAUGAUUCGUACACAAAGUAAGGGUUAGGGUUAGGGUUGUUGCUAUAUAUAUUCAAAUCAAACCCAUAAUUGUCGGCAAAUCCUCGGUGGUGUAAGGGUUAAAGUGAUGCACUGCAGUGCCGAUGUUCCGAGAUCGAAUCCUACUCGCGCCAUCCUGAAUUUUUUUCCUUAAAAAUUGAAGAGACUUAGACUUCUAUAAGAGACAGAGAAAUUUCAUGUACGAAAAGUGAAAUGUCUUGUGAGAGCCACUGAGAGGAAAAUGUCAGUUUGGCGGAUGGAAAUAAGUGACGGCCGCGUGAAGCGAGGAGGAAACCAAAAACAACAAACAAAAACUUUACAUAGGCUUAUUAGAACUAACUGUUGUUAACUGCGUGGUGUGACCGCAAUGUCGACCGAAAGCACUAACUACAGUUAGGUAUGACCUCACGUAACUUGACACUAACUUAAGUUAAACUCUAGUUACGUCGUAGACGUGACCGCAGCCUAUAUGUUACAUCGAUUGGAGAUUCUUUCUGCCCCUGGAACAAUCGCGCACGGCUCUAUUGGCCAUUUUGGAGUUGCGUAGGGAACUGGGGCGAGUUUCAAAUUUAAACUAAUCGAUAAACUGACACAACCAUAUAAAAGGUCAUGUUGAGAUUGGUCAUUUGACCAAGUUUGGUGCUCUAAGGUUGAACAGGGAUCAAGUUAUGACUUUUGAGGCAUGGUUAAAGAGCCAUACAAACCUCUGUAAUUUUGUGACAGCGUCCCCCAAACCAUAUAAACUCUUAAUUUUUUUCACGAUUUCUGUGAUAUUCCUAAAAAUGGGCAAACACAGUGAUUUUCGAAUUAGUUUUCUUCCAAGUAGUAGAUGCAUGACGAAUUUGACAAUUUAAAAGAAAAACUGGAAAAGUUUAAAGAGUUUAUAUGGUUAUAGACGUUUGUACGGAUUAUCGAUUAGUUGAAAUUUGAAACUCGCCCCAGUUCCCUACGCAACUUCGAAAUGGCUAAUUAGGCUGCCGCCUCGCAGCCUCGCGUCUUUGCGAGGCUGCUGGUUGGCAAUAAUAAGUGAAGGUUGUCCCUUGGGUUUUUUUCUGUAGAGCCCAUUUGUGUGCAAAUGUCGGCUUGUUAACUCGCAUAAUUAACUAACGGUGCGUGAAACAAGCCAAUAAGGUCACCAAGCGCUGAGACUUCAAUAGCUAGUCGUUUCCUCGAGAUAGAACAGAGAAAAGAGUUUUGUAAUAGUCAGUCAAAAUUGAAAUAAAGAGUUUUCAGAUCCACUUUUUGUAUGUGUGUGUGUUUUGUUUAUAUAUCCGAUUUUGAGCGCUAAAUAAGAAGACGUAAGCCGUUUCUCGCGUUGCUAGGUGAUCGCUCCUCUUAUUCGUAUUUUUUUUUUAAAGACGGUCCGACAAACGGAGCUAAAGUUACUUAACGGGCAAGCAUAUUGUUCCUAUUGUAUAAGAGAGACGCUCAUUAGAUAUGGAGGAAGGCACUUAUUAGUAUGGAGGAAGGUACACGGAAGGCAGUAAAUUAGAAUGCAGGAAAGCAGUUAUGCAUAUUAGUAAAGGGGAAACAUACGAAAGGCGGGGGAAGGCAUCAACGGGACUUAUCUUCAUCCCUCAAUACUACUCACAUGCAAGCCCAUCAAUUGACAAUGUUUUGAUGUUUACUAUAGGAACACAAAGGGAGAAAGUCGGAGUUUGCGUCUACGUUUUCAAAGGGCUUUCCCGAGGGAUUGUGGUGGGCAGUGGUGUCAUUAUCUACUGUUGGGUAAGUUAUUUAGAAGGAGGGAAGGUAACUCCGGUGCUGGGGUUACCCUAGAAAGCGGUUUACCCCAGCAAUCGCAUAUUUGUUAGAGGAGCCAGAGAGAAUUCUCAUUCUCUCUUGUGGGGAGCCUCCCACCACCAGGUUCAAAUCCCGCCGUCGACAGUCUCCCUUGCUCCGAGAGGUUUUUCUACGGGUACUCCGGUUUUUCCCCCUUCUCCAAAACCAACAAUUCUAAAUUGCAGUACGUUAGUUAGUUAAAUUCUCUUUUAAAUACGUUAGUUAAGUAUCUCUCAAAGGUUUCAGUACGUUAGUUAAGUAUCUCUGGCCCUGUUGUGACAGCGACUAUACCACAUACAUCAGAGUCAACUCUGAAACAAUCACUCGUAUACUACAACCUUACAACAUACGCGUUGCAGAAAAGCCGAUAACCACUUUACGACGACUACCAGGACUAGUUACUAAUGUCAAGGACAAAGACAAACCGGAAGACAGACCGGGAGCAGUAUACAAGAUCAAAUGAUGAGACCGGCAGAAACCUUAGCACGCGACUGACUGAACGCAAACGAGCGACAAGAAAUGUAGCCUGUUCCACGCUGUCAGAUAGGUUAAGUUGGUGGGAAAGACUCGAAAGUGAAAGGUACGCGAAAAGGAUAGCGGGGCAGGAAAAGAGAUGGAUAUAUGAUCGACUUGUUUUAUAUUUUGGUCUGCAAUAUUGACAGUUACUUUAUGUUGAACCUUUUUAUUUUUGCUUUUGAAGAUCAUAAAAUUAGUUUUUCUAACAUUUAAUGAUAAUUUGUUUGCUGCCAGCCACAAUGUAACCUUCUCUAAUUCUUGAUUCAUGGUAUUGUCGAGAGUUUUUAAAUCUUGAUGACUUAGGAACAGAUUUGUAUUAUCAGCAAAUAAAAUAAAGGAUAAUAUCUUAGAGCUUUUACAUAUAUCAUUGACAUAUACCAAAAACAAGAGCGGUCCUAGAACAAAGCCUUGUGGCACACCACGCUUAAUUGUUAAGUAAUCUGAACUGGUUAGUUUGAAUUGAACAAUUUGUGUUCUUCCUGAUAAGUAGUUCCUAAACCAGUCGAGGGCUAUUUCUCUAAAUCCAUAAUGCUCUAGCUUAUAUAGCAGUAUAUUGUGAUGUACCGUGGAAAACCACCAUUGUAUAUUCACUGUUGUCCACUGCCUUAGAUAUCUAUAAUUUGAGAAAAGUUCUUUCUCAUUUGCUUUGUGAACAAGAACACAGAGAACAAAAUCUUUGGUAAGCACAUACGACAAUUCCUCCAUAAAAAUAAUGUGUAACUGGGAAGUUUUACGUUUUAGUCGUACAAAACGGCAUUAUAGUCGUGCAAAACAGCUGCAAAGAAAGACAAAAAAGCGUGCUGCACGUGCAAAUUUGUUUUUUUGCUAAUAAGAUCUAUUGAUCUUGAUGCCAUUUUCAUUGCCGACCCGUUUAGCAUUACACGAUUUAUUUAUUUUUUGUUUAAAAGUAUUUUUAAACAGAGCUUCGCUUUUAGCCCUGGCUAAAUCUGUGUAUUAAACCGUUCAGCUAUUUCCUUAUGAUCUGUAACCUCUAUAUCAUCCUCCUUAAAUGCAUUUUUUAUCAUAGAUACGGGGAUGGUGACAAAACGCCAAAAACUUUCAUCGGGCGUUUUUUUGGAAUUUUAUGGGUGAUUGUUGGAGCAAUUAUGAUGUCCCUUUUUACUGCCUUGAUUAUAAACGCCGUGCAGGCUGCCCUAGAUGGAACAAAAUGUCAAGAUAUUACUUCCAAAGAGGUAAGU